CCACCUCAGCUCAGAAUGGCAAAGACACUUAUCCCACCCUUCUGUGUCUCUGGGGCAACGGGAAGCAGGAAGGAGAGGCUGAUUACCAGGACCAGUGCUCUGUUCCCACCCCACUCUGCAUCCCAGACCCAGGCCAGGACUGUGGCCACCACCUCUGAACCUCUGGCUUCUCUUCCAUCUGCUUCCAAAUCCAGGCACUCACUGAGCCCUAUGCUGGAGAGCCAGACCAUUCUGAUCACCGGCGCCCUGCUGCUGCUGCUGUUCCUGGCCUGGAAGUACAAAGGCUUGUUUGUUUUUUUCUGGCAUGAAUGCAUCCUGCUUCCUGUCUUCAACUUUAUCUCAGGCAUGAGCAAAGAGGAGAGAAUCCUGAACUGGGUAAAGCAGAAUGCAGUGGUGGGCAAUCCCCAGAGCGUGUUGGAGGCCAUUGACAAGUAUGGUUAUGAGAAGGAGUGGGCCAUGCAUGUUGGUGAUGUCAAAGGUCGGAUCAUGGACAAGAUCAUGGAGGAGACCAAGCCCAAGAUCGUGCUGGAGCUGGGCGCUUACUGUGGCUACUCAGCGGUGAGGAUGGGCCGCCUGCUGCCCCCUGGUGGGCACCUCUUCUCCAUCGAGUUCAACCAGAAGUUCGCGGACAUUUCCCAGCAGAUGAUCCAGGUGGCCGGCCUGCAAGAUAAGAUUUCUAUACUGAACGGGCCCUCACAGGAAAUCAUCCCCCAGCUGAAGAAGAAGUAUGAAAUCAACACGGUCGAUAUGGUCUUCCUGGACCACUGGAAGGAGCGCUACCUUCCGGACACCAAGCUCCUAGAGGAGAGCGGAGUCCUUCACAAGGGGACGGUGCUCCUGGCCGACAAUGUCAUCUGCCCUGGGACUCCGGACUUUCUUGACUAUGUCCGGAACAGCAAACGCUAUGAAUGCACCAACUACCCGGCCACCGUGGAGUACAUGCGCAUGCAUGAUGCUUUGGAGAAAGCCGUGUUCUUGGGCUGAAGGUGGCGCUUGGGCAGGGGAGAUGGGGGGAGCUGCACGGGAUGGGGGUCACAGGGAGGGGAGGGGGCACUCAGAGCCUGGGCCAGGGCCCCCUGGGGCCAUGCCAGCCUUUUCUAUUUUCUUCAAAUAAAAAAAUCUACAUCC